AUGAAUUCUCUUAUACAAAGUGCCAGUUCCUUUUUUGAUCGGCCUGGCUUUGACUGGAAGGCCAUCAUUCUGGGUUUCUCCACCGCCAGUUUCGCCUUCGAAUCUUACCUGAAGUAUAGACAAAUUCAAAAAGUGGCAAAUGCCAAGGAAGUUUCUCCACAAAUCAAGGACAAAAUUGACAGCGAGACACUUUUGAAAUCUUCCAGAUACUCCCUGGCCAAGCUCAAGUUUUCGCUUGUUGCGUCGUUUUAUUCUCUUGUGCAAAACAUUGCGUUCUAUCAAUGUGACCUGCUGGCAAAAUUGUGGUCGGGGGCCUCGUAUCUGGCGUCUUCGUCUAUUCUUCCAGCAGUCUUUGUCGGCUCUACAAUUACAAAGUCCCUGUUCUUCAUGGGCCAAAUGUCUCUGAUUAGUGUUGUUCUGAACUUGCCUAUCGAUUACUACUCCAAUUUUGUCAUAGAGGAAAAGUACGGAUUCAACAAACUGACUGUCAAGCUAUGGCUUACCGACACAAUCAAAGAAAUUCUUGUUUUGUUCACCAUCGGUGCUCCAGUUCUAGCUGGUUUCCUGAAAAUUGUUGACUACUUUGGUGAUCAAUUCAUGUAUUAUCUCUCCGUCUUCCUCUUUGUCGUUCAGAUCUUUCUCAUCAUUAUCUAUCCUAAGUUCAUUCAACCACUGUUCAAUAAGCUCGAGCCUCUUGCUGACGGUGAAUUGAAGACCAAGAUUGAGCAACUGGCUGAAAGAAAUAAAUUUCCGCUGGACAAACUGUACGUCAUUGAUGGCUCAAAGAGAUCUUCCCACUCCAAUGCCUACUUCAUGGGUCUUCCAUGGGGCUCCAAGCAAAUUGUCAUCUAUGAUACUCUAAUUGCUUCAUCCGAGGUGCAAGAAGUUGUUGCUGUGCUUGGCCAUGAGAUUGGCCACUGGUUCUUGUCUCACACGACCAAGCUGCUGCUCAUCAACCAGGCCCACAUCUUUGGAAUCUUUACUUUGUUUGCUGCAUUUAUCAACAAUAAGUCGCUGUACCAGAGUUUUGGUUUCUACAAAGAGCAACCGGUUAUUGUUGGGUUUUUGUUGUUCGGCGAUAUAUUAAAGCCAGUGGAUACCAUUCUCGAGUUCGCCAUGAACUUGCUCUCUAGAAAGUACGAAUACCAGGCUGAUAGAUACGCAGUGGAACAAGGAUAUGCUGAGGAGCUCAAGGUGGCACUGAUCACACUCCACAAGGAGAACCUGAGCUCGUUGGACGUCGACUGGCUCUUUUCGGCUUACAACCACAGUCAUCCGCACCUGCUUGAAAGACUGAACUACAUUGACCUCGUCGAGAACGAGAAAAGUGAAAAGAAACAGGACUGA